AUGCAGCAUAUCCUGUCCGAAGUCCAGCAGCAGCACCUGGACAUGUUCGGCCAGCCUAUGCACAAGGAUCUGGAGAUUGGGGGGCAACUUGUGCGCCCCGACGAUCUGCUCCAAGCCGUCUGGGAGAAGAUGGAGUUGCCCAACACUGCGCAGACGCUCGAUGUUCUGCUACACGCGCCGGCGCGCGGACACAACGCUGACAACGAGAUCGCCCGGUUCAAGGAGCUCGUCCGCACUCGCAUGAACGACUACAUUGAAUCCUUCAAUCCUUCGCUCGCUCCAACAUUACGUGCUGCACGCGGGGCCAUCAACGGCCCAUCCGACAGCUCGCUCUUCGUGCCCAUGGCUAUGAAAGAAGACGACGGCUCGCGGUCGUGGUCGAAUCGGCUCUUCUGUCAUGUCCUUGACAUCCAGCCUCGAACGGCAGUCAGUCUCUGCCUCGUCCAGACCACCACCGUCAGGAUCCCUCACCUCGGCGUCCGUCAUCCGAGGGAAGAUUGCCUUUACAUUCAGCUUCUCUACCCCAACCUCGGCGCCGUCCUCUUCUUUGAGAUCCGCAAGAUCUGGAUAAACCUCGACCCGACAUGUCCGCUCCGACCGACGCACCGAUCGCAGUCACUUCCCGUCGCUUACGCCAGCCUCUUCAACCUCAUCCUCCUUGGCGACCUCAGGAGACACGACGUCGAUAACGAGAUGUGCAGGGUCGACAACUUCCCUCGCAUCGCUCACGACAUCCUCGGCAACUCGCACGACGACCACGGACAGCGGGAGUUCUUUAGCGAAUUCCGGGACUGGGUCCGGCAGACCUUCGACAAUCCGCAAGUGCGCGACAAGGUCGUCGACGACAUGCUUCGGUGGUUACACCAAGAAUCACCUCUGGUGGCUACUCUGCACGUCGAGUUUUACGACGAAAAACUCAAACCUGAGCUGAGGGAAAUGAUCACUCGCCAGCUGAAGCACGUCGUCGAGCUUCUGGAAUAG